AUGCCGCGCCGCCCAGACCCCAAGACUUACCCCGACCCGCCCCCCGCCCCGGAUCAGCGUGAUGCACUAUGGAGGCGGGUCAAGGUCAAGUGUUCCCCAGUGUUGCCCUGUGUUGCCCAGUGUUCCCCAGUGUUCCCCAGUGUUGCCCUGUGUUCCCCAGUGUUCCCCAGUGUUGCCCAGUGUUCCUCAGUGUUCCCCAGUGUUGCCCUGUGUUGCCCAGUGUUCCCCAGUGUUGCCCUGUGUUCCCCAGUGUUCCCCAGUGUUGCCCAGUGUUCCCCAGUGUUGCCCUGUGUUGCCCAGUGUUGCCCAGUGUUGCCCCGUCACCCCUGGAGCCCCCCGCGCCCAUCUAGUGUGUAG